UCCUGUGUCCAGUCCCUGGUCCAUCCAUCCUGUGUCCAGUCUCUGGUCCAUCCAUCCUGUGUCCAGUCCCUGGUCCAUCCAUCCUGUGUCCAGUCUCUGGUCCAACCAUCCUGCCUGUGCUCUGUUGUUGCUGUGCUUUUCUCUCUUCUCUUCCCACUUCCAGCCCAGUUCUACUGGAGGUUUCUUCCUCCUUUCACUGUUGCUGUCUUAUUGUAAUUAAAUGCUUGCUGUAUGUGGGAUUCGUUGGGUUUGGGUAUGUAAGGUCUUAACCCUUACUUUGUAGAGUGUCUUGAGAUAACUUUGUUGUGAUUUGGCGCUUUAUAAAUAAAACUGAAUUGAAUUGAAAAUUGAGGACAGUGGGCCUGUCUAGGCGUCUUAUUUUGAAAUUAGGAAAUGGGGAUCCUCGCGGCGGGGCGCCCUGACAGCAUUUACCAUAAACCCAGGAUUAGGCGCGCAGCAGUGAUUGCACUGCCAGGGCACUGAGCAGGGGACUGGAACCCUCGACAGCCGUCGGCCGUGUUGCUGUUACUGCUCUCACGUAUUUAACAAAAAGGUUGGGUCGUUUGCGGGAUGAUAACGUGUUCUAAUUCACCACUCAAGCGAUGAAUGACACGAGCGGGGAGGGGACCGGGCCGGUGGAGGUUGUGCGGACCUGGGGCUGUCGAGCCCCCGGCGUCGGGUCAGUCGAAGGAUGGAGGCGAGGCUGAGCGGCGAUGACAAGGCGUCCGUGUCCCGGUUCCUCGGCCCUGCCCUCGUCCUCUCCCUUCUGGCCGUGUCGGCGAGCUGCCAUGGGACGUGCCGACACCGAGCCCCGGCUCCUGCGGAGGUUGUCCACCGUGUUCAUUUGAAGCCGGAGCGUCUGACUAAACGAAGCUCUCCUGACAACCUUCAGCUGAAGAUAAGGAUUAUUUAUGACUACAGCGUGGAUCAGCUUCCUGCAGACAAGAGGAGGCUGGUGAAGGAUAAGCUGUUUCCUCAGGCCAUCGACUACCUACAGAGGACCUUAAGUGUGAGACGUAGGGUGGGUCCUGUUCUGCUCAGCAGACAAUGUGCCACCAACCAGUACCUGAGGAAAAGAGAUGACCCACAUCGCUACUGCCAGGAUGCCUGUGCAGAUGUCACACGGUGUGGACCAGUCACUGUGCCACAGCACCACCUGCAGCAAUGCAAGGUGUGCAGAGAAUCAGGGAGGUCGUGUGGCCCCGUGGGUCCUCCAGAUGGUCCUGGAGUGGAGGGGUCAGACUUUGUGCUGUAUGUCAGUGGCAUCACCACAGAGCGCUGUGGACAGGAGAACAUAGUGGCAUAUGCUGCUUACUGCCAGCUGGAGGCAGAGCUGGACAGACCCAUAGCAGGUUAUGCCAACCUGUGUCCUACUAUGAUCUCCUCUGAGCUGCAGGAGUUUGAAGGGAUGCUCUCUACUGUGAAACAUGAGAUCAUCCAUGCUCUGGGCUUUUCAGCAGGUCUCUUUGCCUUCUACCACAAUGAUGAGGGCAAGCCAUUGACUCCUCGCUUCGCCAGCGGCCUGCCUGCCUUCAACGAGAGCCUGGGUUUGUACCAGUGGAGCGAGGCGGUGAUCCAGACAGUUAGCAGGCUGUGGGACAUCAGAGGAGGAGUGAUGAUUCGGCACCAGGUCCACGUCCUCGUCACGCCUCGCGUUGUGGAGGAGGCUAGGAGACAUUUUAACUGUCCCAUCCUGGAGGGAAUGGAGCUGGAGAACCAGGGAGGGACAGGAACUGAACUGAACCACUGGGAGAAGAGGCUGCUGGAGAAUGAAGCCAUGACCGGCUCCCACACACAGAACCGGGUGUUUUCUCGCCUCACGCUGGCAAUUAUGGAGGACAGCGGCUGGUACCGAGCCAACUACAGCCUGGCCCAGAGGUUGGAUUGGGGUCGCGGCCUCGGCUGCGACUUCGUCAUGAAGAGCUGCAAGUUCUGGAUGGACAGACAGAGACAAAGACGCCAUGCUGUGACUCCCUACUGUGACACGGUCCGAGCGUCUCCUCUGCAGCUUACCUGCAGACAAGACCAGCUGGCUGUGGCCGUCUGCAACCUACAGAAGUACCCACAGGAGCUGCCUCCAGACUACCAGUAUUUUGAGCAGAUCCCAGACGUGGCUCCUGAUCAGCUGUCGUUCUUCGGGGGCGCCGUGGAGAUUGCAGACUACUGUCCCUUCAGCCAGGAGUUCAGCUGGCACCUGAGUGGAGAGUAUCAGAGGAACUCGUACUGCAGAGUGUCUGAGAACCAGCCAGACUGGUGGAGGAACUAUGGGGCUGAGCAGUAUGGGCCGGACUCUGUGUGUCUGUACCAGAAGUCAGCAUUCGUCAUGGAGCAGUGCACCAGGAAGAUGACUUACCCUGACUGGGGCUCCGGCUGCUACAAGGUGUCGUGCUCGGCUCUGGGCCUGGUCGUGUACGUGCAGGACCAGUCCUUCCCCUGCGUCCGGACAGGGCAGCUGCUGAGCGUCAGUGUGCGGGUCAGCGACUGGGUCUACAACGGCGUCCUGAUCUGCCCCGCGUGCACAGACUUCUGUGACGACUGUCCGUUCCACCAACAGCCCCUGCCAGCCAACACCUCCAGGAGUGACCCCAUAGACCCGUGCUCCAGCUCUCCAGGUCUGGCCGUCACUCUGUGGCUCCUGCUGCUCAACAUGCUCCCUCUAGUGGCCGGACUGCUGCUCUGCCACUGCAGCUGAUAAAAUAUCACAGUGAGGUUCUUUUUAUAAACGACUGUUGACAUCACGUCAGUCGGGAUGUUUCAGGUGUCACUCCAGUUUCCUGGAAACAGUUUUUUUAACAUGAGCUUGUUUGUUUGACCAACAAUGGGCUUGUUCUGUCUGUUUGGGUCCUGGACUAUCAUGGAUCGUUUCAUUCUUCCUUUUUGACUGAACAGCAGAUCAGAGGUUUUCUGACGGAGAUCAUGAAGAUCAGUCAAAGCUGGAAUCUCUGAAAUUCAACACAACCCAGGAGGGACUAUGAACUGUAGGGACUGUAGACCUUGUUGACUAAUCUUGACAUACGACCACUGUUUUUGUCCUGCAGGAUCAUAUGACCGGUUUAAUUAGACAAGCAUGUGAGUGAUUUGAGGAGAGUUUUUUUCUGUUGAAGUUCAUUUUUAGGCAGGACUGCGUGAGAUGAUCCUGCAGGGUUCACUGCUGUCAUGUUUCCAAAGUAAAUAGAUCGACUUGAGAUUCUUUUAUGACUGUGCUGCAGCUUUACCUACAGGGUUUCAGACUCAGUUUGCACGUAGACGAGCUUCCUUCAUACCAUGCUCUGUUACAGUACCUUUCACUUCAUCAGCUCUGCUAUCGUGCUGGGAGAGGAAGCCAGCUGAGCCAGUGGGCACAACAGUGACAACAAAACCCAAAGGGAGCGUUCUAGUCCACAGCUGCUGGACAGACUCUUCUGCAUUUUAACUCUUUUUAAUAUUGAUGUAUCAUCACAUAAUGAACUCUUUUAACUUGUAGCACCACCUUCAGGCCAAACUGUCAACCGAUCAGCUGGGGCCGUUGAAGUGGUUGGUGAGUGUCAGGCUGCUGUCAGAACCAGUGGUAGAAUGGGUGGGAAGCCUCACAUCAGGUCUCGCACUGAGGCUAAAGCAAUUUCACUGCGUCGCCUCACGUGGCUCAUUUUAAAUCACAGCUGCAGAGAAAAGGGUGCUGUGCUUUCAUCAUUUUCAACAGCUGUGCAGUGAAAAAAACAAGGAAACAAUUGAUAAAGAGGAGAAACCAUGAACUGUUGGUUUAUGUCUUGGGCUGGACCUCUUCUGUUGCUCCUUACUUCACAUCAUAUGACCUGUGUUUGCACUAAGGAACCGGCCUUAAAGUUGCUGACAUUAAAAGAAGAGAAGCCACAAAAUGACUGAAGCCAGUCAUUUAUUUAUUGAAACUUGUGGAUGUUUCUUUGUGGAAUGUGAUUUUGUCAGAAGUUGAGCAUUGAACAAAAUAAUUUUGAUUAUAAAUGAUAAUUUCCCUCCCAGAGACCAGUGUCAUUAUUUAGCCAGCUGCUCUCAGCUCAGUUUGAUUUAAUCCUGUUUUACCUGUUUAUGAAGAUUUCUGACUAGAGGCACUAGUUGUUUGUUAUUUUCAAUAAACUCUGACAUUGAGUUUCA